CCACAUUGGAUUGAAAAUGAUGGACAAGUCGUGUUCUGACGUGCAGUAACAGCAGCAAGGUUGCGUUUAUGGAGACGUUUUUAAUGAAACGAAAUUGAAGGUGUUCAGUGAGCAGCACAGGGCGUGGCUGAGAGGAGGAAAACCCAUCUGAUCACACGGAGGAGAUCUGACGAGUGUGAGAAAGAAUACUCAACUAGACCAACAUGAGCUUCCAAAUCUGCAGCUGCUGUGGUUGGUCCAAAGUGACGACCUACCAAGGCCUGAGAACUCACCAGGGGAAGAAGGGAUGCACACCAAAGGGCACAAGCGUCCCUCAGAGCCAACAGUUCACUUACCUUCCCAAAAUUGCUCUCUUAUCAACUCCAAUCCAUCUUGAAGACCCCUUUGUCAACAUCCUUAAGACCUCUAUGAAGUCUGAGAGUGAGACAUUCAGCUGGAUGAAUAAGUGGGAAGAAUCUUCUCAAAGGGACAACAUACCAGUUCUGAGCCCUUCAUUCCUGGAGAGGGAAGCUCUUGUGUCUCCAAACUUCAUCACCCAAAUGAAUUCUGCACCUGCACAAGUCACAAUGCCGCCUGCGUUUAAACCACCUCUCCAAAUUGAACCUCGAGCUCUGGAAAUGGAGCCGAACUUGGACAGAAAUGGUAAAAGCCUAGGUUCCACCUUUGGUGCACAGCUGGCUGAUGUCACGCCCUUGUCACCAACGCUUACCUCACAGAUGAGUCAUCCAACCACGCAAACUUCAGUCAACCAUCCCAGCAAAUCAUUGAGUCAAACUCAACAGCAUGCUCUACAACAGGAUGCAAACGUGGACAAAAACCAUGAAGCUUCUGGUUUUAUCUUUGGUACCCAGCUGACAGGUGUGAUGCCCCAGCCACAGCUCUUUAAUGUGAAAAUGAAUCCUCCAACCAAACAACCAAAAUCAUCUUUUGAAACCCCACCACCCUUUCGUGAAAGCUUCCAAACAAGCUCGGAGAAAGCUCGUCGAACUCUUGACUUCUCCACUGUAAGCGUGAAGGAAGACCUACAGCAGUUACCAUCAACCCUUGGUCUGGAAACUGUGAUGCAAGAGAAAGAAAGAGAAGCCAAAAGAGUUCUGCAGGCGUGGCAAGACAAGAUGAGGGCUGAUUUAAAGCAGAAAAUGUACGUGAAAGAGCAAAAGAUGGCUGAAGUCAUUACAUCUGUAAAAUUGUGCCAGGACAGAUUGGAAGCUGAGUGGAUGGAGAUCAACAAUGUGUUCUCAGAGGUGAUCAAAGUUGUGGAGGACGCGCGGCAGAAAGCCCUCGACCCCGUGGAGAUCAGGAGACAGCAAGUGAAAAGAGAAUCAUCAGAUCUGCUGCUGGAGCUGCAAAAACAAAUUGACAGUCUCAAAGACUCCUUGGACGAACUAGACUUGCAGAAUCCUGUUCUACCCAACACAAAUGAAUCUACAAGCUGGGGAGUUGUCAAAGUUGAAACUUCCUUUUCGUUUGGUUCCCUGAAAGCUACAACUUCUACCAUGAUGAAGGAGAUCCAGAAGAAGCUGGAAAACCUCUCUUCUCUUGAGCUCAAGAGGAUUCCAGCAUUUGCACUGGAUGUGAAGCUGGACUCGUCUACAGCCCAUCAGUGCCUCAUCCUGUCUGAGGACAAGAAGAAAGUGAGAGAUGGAGGAAUGAAGCCAAAUCUUUCCAAUGCUCCGGAGAGGUUUGAUAUGUUCGGCAGUGUCCUCGGGAUGAAUGUCAUAACCUCUGGGAAGUCCUACUGGGAGGUAGAGGUCGGCAACAAAACUGGCUGGGAUCUGGGUGUAGCACGACGCAAAGCAAACCGUAAAGGGAUUCUCUCAGUGAACUCGGACAAUGGUUUCUGGGUGACGGUGCACUACGAAAACACAAAGUACGCAGCUCUGACGGUACCGCCCACCAGCCUCCCUCUGGAGCAGAAACCUCAGAAAGUAGGCGUGUUUGUAGACUACGAGGGGGGGCUUGUGUCCUUCUAUGAUGUAACAAACCGAUCCCACAUUUACUCAUUCACUGAGUGUUCAUUCAGAGAUCAGAUUGUCCCGUAUUUCAGUCCACAUCUUACUGUAAAAAACGAAAACGCUGCUCCUCUGGUUAUUUCUGCUGUCCGUAAGCAUUAGUGGCUAAAUACAGUACAUCUGUGUAGAAGACCAGGAGUUCAGAGGUAUACGAGAUUAGGUAGGAAGCUACGGUUCUGUCUUGUUACAUACUUAUGGGUGCUCAUUCUUCUUCUCACUUGUUUCUGGUUUUCACGUAAGCUUUUAUCCGAUCCACACAAGUAGCAAAGCAGCAAGGUGGCUAAAUUAUCCUACAGGAGUUAUGCAAAAAGAGCUGGAAUCAAACCAGCAACCCUUGGCCUUCUACUUCCUGAUCCACUGCUGUCCCUUUAAUGUCUAUUUUAUUCCUGCACAAAUGAAUGCAAUGAGAUUGAUAAAUGAAUCAUAAUACAUAUUUUACAAUUAGAUAGAAAGAACAUUUUAUGUUAUCCAUGUACAGUUACCACAAACACACAGCAAAGAUUUUACUGUAAUUGUAGUAAAAAUGAACUUUGUAUUUUUAGAUAUUCUGGGAACCACCAGUAAACCUGCAGUCUGAGAGCGAAGUGCUCGGUUAGGAACGUAUGGAACAAUCAGAUCACUGAUGUAUGAUGGAGCUUGAGUAUUAAGAGCUUUAUAUGUGAGAAGAAGGAUCUUAAAAUCUAUUCUGAAUUUAACAGGUAGCCAAUGUAGGGAAGCUAAGACAGGAGAGAUAUGAUCUCUCUUGUUAAUUCUCAUCAGAACUCUAGCUGCAGCAUUUUGGACAAGCUGAAGACUUUUAACUACAUUCUGUGGACUUCCUGAGAGUAAUGAAUUACAGUAAUCCAGUCUUGAUGUAAUAAAUGCAUGAACUAGUUUUUCAGCAAGUACAUAAGUAUGUUUUAUUUCUGUAGUGCUUAUCACAGAUAACAACUGACAAGCAUUUCACACAAAAUGUUAUUUUCACUUAUGGCCAAAAGCAACGCCUCUCGUUCAUAAACGCGUUCCUCUAGCCAUCAAAACAGAGAUAAAACACAUUAUUUUAUGAUUAUUAUGCUCACGUUAUGUUGUUUUUUCAUAUGUUUGUAUUUAAAAGACUAAAACCUAGUUCAUGCUUCUGCGUCAGCUCCACAAAGGAGAGAUGAGUGUGGAUUGACGGAGACGUUUUGCCUUAAAAGGAACCCAGGUUACAAAACUUAGUGGUUCUUAAGAGAUAAAUGUUAGUAUCAGUUAUAUUAAAAUGGUGUAAAAACCUUCUUAAUUUCUUCAUUUUUAUUAAAUUUGUAAAAAUAGUUUAACUCGAAUGUUGCCAUUGUUGUUAGUGCCACAAUGCACUCUAGGUAGUGAUGUCACAUAGUUGUACCUCGGUUGCACCACCGGCUUUGGGACCCUGUAGGGACUGUUCAGUGACAUCAACAUGUCAUCUGUUCAGCCUUUUCAGUUUGAACCAGAGUGAAACAUUAAUGAUGACAUCACUGACCAUGUUUCACAAAACGAGCAUCAACAUGAAGAGCAAGAAGGGCGGGAUGAAGCGAGAGCAGGACAAAACCGGUGGUGCGUGUGCGGCAAAUGUGUCUCCGUGGUAACCGAGAGGGAGAGUGUUUGUCGUCAAGAGCUCACAUUUUUGUCAGCAGUAGUUAACAAUAAGCUAUCGUGUGAUCAAACUUAUUCGGUUAUGAGUGAUUUAGGAGAAUAUUAGCAUCCAGAGCUGGUGUGUGCUUCAUAGAAGAUUAGGAUAUUCUGUGAAACGACUUUAAUCGUUUUUGCAGAUAUUAUAUAUUUGGAGAACACUGUAUUGCUACACUUACUGCUUGUUUUACUGAUGGGAGAGGUGAAUGUUCAGCUUCAUCUGUGAUGAGUGGCAUGUCCGAUGGUUCGCUGAACAUGACAGAAGCGGCAGCUGCAGGAGCGGGUUGUCAGCUCAGGAGAGCGUCCAGCAUCUCGUCUCUCCGAGGGCGUUUAGGCUGCUUGUGUGGAUAAAUGGUCGGUAAAGCAUUUAGUUUCCACCUUCUCAUACACCCGGCCGCUCUGGUGAGCUCUUUAAGUAGUUGUGGUCAACUAUAAGCCUCAAACGCAUCAGAAGAAAAAUUUUAGGAACACAGCCGCAGAUCGUUGGGAAGUUGUGUCCGUCCACAGGCAUCUUCCCACUGCUUUCUCCUCUUCUUGCCGGUGGGAAAGCUGUGUAAACUCACAACACUCCCCUUGUUGCCCUUUGACUGGAAAUUAAAAACAUAAUCAAAAAGCAGCACAAUGCGGCAUUUUACUUAAUUAUUAAAACGUGAGCGCAUAAACAAACACUAGCGUCAAUAGCUGUUCUUCCAAGAGCAACCAAUAUACGUCAUCUCUCCCAGAGUGCAUUGCGUGCGGAAAACAUGACGUCCUGCGUAUGUCAAAAAAUAAUAAAUAUUAUAGAUUUAUGAAUAAACAGCAAUGUUGUAAGUGUUUCUGACAACAUAGUUUGGUACAACAGAAGACUUGUGGCUUAUUAGGGCACACACGUCCUCAUGGCCAGAGUUCCCUUUAAGACUUCUCCAUCUCCCACAGAACUUUGCAAAGCAUUCCUCAACAGGACAACAGAGGGUGCAGCGCUGUUCUGGGAUACCCUGUUAUGUGUCCGGUCCAAGAUAGUAAUAGAUAGUAAUUUAUUAUUAGGUUUAUAUUGUGUAUUUUGUCUUUUUAACAUGGACAAAUUUGUCCCUCAUUCUCCUCCACCUCAUGCGCUCGCCACCUCUAAACCCACAUUACCCGUCAUUUCCGUCCACGAGUAAAACACUUGACGUGCGUCUUUAUACUCCUCCAGUCACGGGUGAAUAAGCGGUCCUGUUUUAAAGCAAAGUAUUGUUCAAGCUGCUCAGUGUCUGCCGCUAAAGAUCCUCAGCUCUUUAUUUUUUUGAGAGUGCAAUGGCGGUGCUGUUGAUUAAUUUAAGGGAAGCGGCGUCCUGGCCAGUCACAACCUUGCAUUCUCCAUCUUGUUGGACAAAGUUUAGAAAAGUGGGCUCAACUCCGUCCGUCGUUGCAUGUUUGUUGGAGAGCCCUCGCAACAACAGAUAAUGACGUUGUGUGUCUCCAUACCGACGCAGAAAGGGAAGCAUGAAUUAGGCUUUACUUGUCCAUGAGUAAGGUCGCCAACUCUACAUCACCCGAGGUGUGUCCUUAAACGCUCGAGCACGUCUGUUCAUAGGUGGUGGUCUAACUCUAUUGGCUAGCGCUGACCGGUGCUAGUUCAUAUUGCAUAGAGACCUAAGGGACAGGGUGUGGGCUUAGCAAAAAAAAUUUAAAAAGACGUAUUUCCUACAUUAUAUUAUAGUAAGACAAAGACAUAUAGAUAAGACAAAGACUUUAACGGAUUUCUGAAAAAUCAUACACAAUUCCUGAAAGGGCUAAACUCCGGACAGCAGCUUUAAGGGACUCUCAGGUCCACAGAAAUGUAUUUUUGCUUUGUCACAUUUGUGUCUUUAAAGAUUGGGUUCAAGGCCUGGUGGCAUUUAAACAAGCUUAGUGAGGGAGCGGUUGGAUUUGAUCAAUAUUCUCUUUAGUGUAACAGUUGCAGAACUGAUUCUCGUUCACAACAAUUGAUGUAUAUUUCUUUGAGAUAAUAUUUGUGUCUGUAAUCUUGAAUUCAGAUAGUAACAUUUACUGAGUAAGCAAUGUCCUGGUAUUUUCAGUGGGUAACAAAACUUGCAGCAACAUUAUAUUUGCUUUUGUACGUUCUUUUAAAACAUUUGACUUGUUUAGCUUGAUUUUUAUUUGUUCUUUUUCUAACUUACUCUUCAUGAGACACUGUAAAUUACCCUGUCCACUGGUU